CAAAAUGAGAAGCUUUGGAAAUUUGGGGCAAUGGCCUCUACUUGCAUUUGCUUUGGCAAUUUGCUUUGUAGCCAGCACUGUUGUUGCUGACUACUCUUAUGACUAUACUUCUCAUUCACCUUCUUACAAUUCUAAGAAAGACUACAAAGCACCUUCUCCAUACUACAAGAAACCGGAAAAACAUGUUGAACAUUCUCCAUCACAUUACUAUUACAAGUCGCAUGCUCCUUCAAAACACUACUACAAGACACCUAUUGUUGCGAAGUAUUACAAGCCCCAUGCUCCUUCAAAGCACUACUACAAGGCACCUAUUAUUACGAAGUAUUACAAGUCACACACUCCUUCAAAGCACUACUACAAGGCACCUGUUGUUACGAAGUAUUACAAGUCACCUGCUCCUUCGAAACAAUACUACAAGGCUCCAGUGGUAGUGAAGUAUUACAAGUCACCAGCUCCUUCAAAGAAUUACUACAAGGCACAUGUCCCUUCAAAAGAGUACUACAAGUCACCAGCUCCUGCAAAGUACUACAAAUCUCCAUCACCUGGAAAGUAUUAUAAAUCACCUACUCCUUCAAAAUAUUACAAAUCACCAUCACCAACAAAAUAUUACAAGUCGCCAGUUUACUACAAGUCUCCUCCACCACCACCACCAACUUAUUAUGAGAAAUCACCUUCUUACUAUAACUCCCUUCCCCCUCCACCAUACUACAAAGAAUCUACCCCUUCCUAUAAAUCCCCUCCUCCUCCACCAUACUACGAAGAAUCUACACCUUCCUAUAAAUCUCCUCCUCCUCCACCAUACUACGAAGAAUCUACCCCUUCCUAUAAAUCCCCUCCCCCUCCACCAUACUACGAAGAAUCUACACCUUCAUACAAAUCACCUCCUCCUCCACCAAAGACCUAUGAACAAUCGCCAUCAUACUACUCACCUCCACCACCACCACCAGUCUACUAGAAAUAUUUAUCAAACAAUUCACUUCAACCAUUUCACCAUUUCUUUUACUCUUAAAUCCUUUUCUUCCUCCUAAUUGGAGAAAUUCCAUUUCAACUGCUAAAUUUGUAUGUGUGUUUUCCCAAAGGGUCGAUUUUUCUUGUUAUGUGAUCUUUUGUACUAAUAAUUUAUAAUAUGCAAUUUUUUAUAUUUAUGUAAGAUGUUGAGAUCUCCAACAUUUUGGCUCAUUGUA